AUGAUGAAACCAUCAAGAUUGCUUUUCGACGAUUCCUUUGAGAAUUGUAAGAGAGAGAGAAGAACUCCAUACAAAAGAACAUGGCAAAGAGACUGCCCCAAGGCUACUACAGCUCAAAAAUCAACGGGACAACGUGGGAAGUACCUGACAGAUAUCAAGAACUAACUCCGAUCAAUUCUGGUGCAUAUGGACAAGUAUGCUCAGCACUGGACACAAAGUACGGGAUUAGAGUUGCAAUAAAGAAGCUCUAUGCUCCAUUCGAGCACAGGCACAAUGCCAAGAAAGCCUACAGGGAAAUGAGAAUACUCUCACAUUUAAAACAUGAGAACUGCAUCGGACUAUUGGACGUGUUCUCCCCCUGUGAGGACAUAGAGGAAUUCUCCGACUUUUACAUGGUGAUGCACCUCAUGAGCAUGGACCUAGCCAAACUGCUAAAAGAAAAUAGAACCUCACAAAUUCUAAGCGAAGACCACAUCAAGUUCCUACUCUACCAAAUACUCUGUGGCUUGAAGUACGUGCAUUCAGCUGGUAUCAUUCACAGGGACCUUAAACCUAGCAAUAUUGCAGUCAAUCCGACAUGUGAUCUCAGGAUAUUAGAUUUUGGUCUAGCAAGACAGACCGACAGGGACAUGACAGGAUAUGUGUCAACCCGUCACUACAGAGCACCGGAAAUAAUGCUCAGUUGGGAAAACUAUGGAAAACAAGUUGAUGUUUGGUCUGUUGGGUGCAUAAUGGCCGAACUAUUAGGAAGUAAAGUCCUCUUUCCAGGAGACAACCAAAUUGACCAGCUGCAUAAGAUAUUCGAGAUAAUGGGGACACCAUCUCAAUCUCUCAUAGAUAAAAUACCUCAUCAGAAAACAAAGCUUUAUCUACAAUCUCUUAAAGUAAUAAAGCCGAAAAACUUGAAGAACCUUUUAGAAAUACACAACAACGACGCACUGGACCUCCUCAAGAAACUCCUCACUCUUGAUCCUGAGAGACGUAUCACAGUGGAGGAGGCACUGAGUCAUCCUUACCUCUCUGAUUACGCUGAUCCUGUCUACGAGACCACAGCACUCCCUUACUCAGACGACUACGAGGAGCUGGAGUUGGAGGCCAGCUGCUGGAAGGGGCUCGUCUGGAAACAGAUCCAGACCUUUACUCCAGACCCUGCCAUGUAUCUCCUUGACGACUGAACGUGAUAUCAUAAUGACGUAAUCAUUAAUCAUGACAUCAUCACUUGUAUUAUAAUAUAAUAUAAUAGCCGAAUUCACUUGUCUCCUACACAUAAUGCACAUUAUAAAAACAUUUGCUACCUAUUAUUAUUAUUAUUAUUGUUGUUGUUGUUGUUAUUUAUGAU